AAUGAAAAUCCUUGGCUAUAUACUGAACUUGAUGAAAAGCAAUAUGAAGCGUUAUUUCAUUUAUCUUCAGGUAUGAAUAGUGAAAUUAAUGUGGAACUUACUAAUUAUCUUUCUUCUAUUUUAGAUGAACUUUGCAUUGAGAAAAAUCAAGACACGAAUACAAUCGACGAAUUGGUUCAUCAUCAAAGCCAAAUAGGACAUAUGAAAAAAUGUCCGGUUUGUCAAACUUCUAAUAUCGACAAUAAGAAACGAGUUUGCCCUAAUUGCCAUAGCAAAUUACCAACGAUUUCUGAGAUAAUCGACGAACAACAUAAGACUAUAAAUGCCGCCGAAAAAUCACUUACCAUUUCUCCAUGCAUAUUUAAACAACAAUUAGUUCCGGAAAGUGAA